CUGCGUCUGCGCCACCGCCCGCGCCUGCGCCGUUCCCCCCGGCCACUGUUACCCGCGGCAGAAUGCGGCCAUAGCCUGCCCCGUCCUGGUGCGUGUUGUUGGACGCCUCCCGCGAGCUGGCCAAGCUCGCGGACGAGGCCUCGCCAGCCAGGCCAGGGCAGGGGUGGGCGGCCUCGGAGGAGUGCAGGCUCAGGUCCCCAGUCAGCUGGCAGUAAGAUGGCGAAUCUGGCGAGAUCUUGUUUGUCCCUGCCCCGGCUUGGACUAAGCCGGCGUGUCUGCGGCUCCCUGCCUGCCCUUCAUACCUCAGCCCCCGCCCAGGAUCAGAGCCCCACUCACACUGGACAGGUGUUUGAUGAAGAUGACUACCAAAAUGCAAGGUUUAUUGGCUCACCAAGGCAGACCAACACACGCUGGGCCAUCAAUCUCAUCCAAGAAGUUCCCCCGAAGGCAGUACAAGGUCGUAUAGCAGCCUGUGACGGAGGUCCUGGUGCCCUGGGACACCCUAGAGUGUAUAUUAACUUGGAUGAUGAGGGGAACCAUGGGUGUAUCUACUGUGGAUUACGUUACUAUAAGGACAGUGCUCAUUAGUCUUAUCUAUUGUAUCUGUAGGCCAUUUGUUCCACAUUUAGUUAUGUUCACAUUUAUUCUCAUGCCUUCCCUGGUAAAAAAAGAAGAAAAGAAUAUUUAGUUUAACGUGUUUUGGGUGUCAUACUUUUGCCCUUGUGUCAUUCCAGUGCUGGAGAGUUUCAGAGGUCUUGUCCCUGUAUGCAAGGAUCUGGCACUGGGAGAGAUGUUAGGAUGGUCUCUUUAUGGGCCAACACAUUAAUAAUUUAACAUCUGAAUGUAUAUAUUGUGAAUAAACAGUAAAUUAUACUUAAAAA